CGACACUUGGAGGGUCAUGCUUCCAAUCCCUGAAUCCUCGUGUUGAGAGCAUUGGCAGCUCGGCGUGGAAUCGAAGUUGAUUUUUCUCACAGCAUUGCUUGUUGGCGACGGAGAGGAGUCAUCCAACUGAAAUUUCAAGAGCAUUGGACUUCAAUUCAAUUGCAAUUGGGGACUAAUACGGAGAAGAAACAUGCCUCCCAUCUUGGUUCUUGCUUCGUCCUUCACUGGUUCCAAACUCCACAUACCAUCCGCACUUCAGGAUAAGGUUUCUAUUUCUGAGGUUUCCAAUGCUUCUCCUGGUAUUAUCGUAUGUCAACAAAAAGAAGAUGAACAGGUAUCAGGGCAAAUACGGAAAGAGGCUGUGGCUGCAAAGAUAUCACGAAGAGAAACAAUUUUGAGAUCUAGUGGUUCCGCGCUGAUGUUGGCCUUCUUCAACUUCGCCGGCGAAAGACCAGACUACCUAGGUGUACAGUCGAACCCACCGUCUCUUGCACUGUGCCCACCAACUCCUGGUUGUAUCUCCACCUCAGAGGAGCUGAACGACCCCACCCAUUAUGUUCCUCCAUGGACGUACAAUCCUCCAGAUGGCCGUGGUCGGAAGAACCCUGCUUCUAAAGAAAAAGCUAUGGCGGAGCUCAUUGAUGCUAUCAAGUCAACAAAGCCGGACAACUUCACGCCUCGAAUCGUUAAGCAGACUGAUGAUUACGUUUAUGUCGAGUACUCAAGCCCUCUUGUUGGCUUUGUGGACGAUGUCGAAUUUUGGUUUCCUCCUGGCAAUCGGUCGUUGGUAGAGUAUCGAUCUGCAUCUCGGAGAGAUGCCAUAGACUUUGGCUUCAACCGCAAGCGAAUUAAGGCUCUGCGUCAAGCUCUGGAGCGCUAUGGAUGGGAAUCUAUUGGAUUCUGAUUGGAUCAGCUCGCUCUUCAGUCUCAGAAUUUCCAGUUACCCUGGAAUGCCAGCAUAUCAAUAUGCACACUCGAUCUCUUCACAUAUCGACUGCAAGACUCCAACUCUUUAAUUUGUAUACAUUCACCCCUGGAGAUUAUCUGUGCAUCUCUUGCUGGAUUGUAAUCUUUUCUGGGGAUACCUAAAAAUCCUUGAUUCUGAUGAAAAUAACAAAAAUACACCCUGUGUCUGGCAGGGUCAUCGUCAUUAACUUGCAAA